AUGACCGACACUACUGUGAACGUUCUGGUGCAUCUUCGGUCUAGAACCCAGGUCGACUUGGAUAGUUUGGAUCUUAAAGCGGCCCGUAACGGAGGGCCCGAUGGGCCUUGGGUUGACGCGACUUCUAAUCCCGCCGAGUCAUACUUUCAACUCGAGAAAGAAGAAAACAAAGACAUCGUUUCCCAAGCAAUCAAGAUCUGUGAAGACAUCCAUGGCCGUUACUUCGGAAUUACCCUCGCAGAACUCCGAGUUGAGGUCGCUACUGUUCUACUGGCUGUCCGAGUAAUCCCCUACAUCACUGGCGCCGUCCAUGUCAUGGUCAAUCCCUGCCAUGCAUUUUCAACCACGAAAGUAAUCCAGACGUGCCAGCGGUACCAUGAGAUCUUCAAACACGUCGACCCGCAUUUCGAUCUUUCGCGCGUGGUAAUCAAGGUCUCUGCCACCUUCGAAGGGCUGAAGGCCUGCCAUGCCCUGAAGGCACAAGACAUCAAGACGCUGGCCACCACCGUCUUUACGAUGGAGCAAGCAGUCCUCGCGGGUGAAGCGGGCUGUGUCUCAAUUUCUCCUUUCGUGCAUGAGCUCAAGGCAGGAUUUGAUCCGACAUACAAAGACCAAGAUCCCUUGCUGAACCUCUGUGUUCAAGUCCAAGAGUACUUCACCCAGCAUAAUAUCUCCACUAGAGUCAAGGCGUGCAGCUGCAUGUCCAUCAACGAGAUUCUGCAGCUCAGUGGCGUAGCCGCCCAUACAAUCCCGCCCGAGGAUUUGGAGAAUCUGGCAUCGAUGAAUGAGACGGUCGCAUCACUCGAGUCAAAGUCCUUGUUCAAAAGGAAGGCUACGACGGCAGAACAGCAGGCUCGUCGAAGCUAUAUUGACGAUGAAGCAGGCUACCGUGUGCAGUUUGCAGCCAGCGAUGGGGGGCGCGGACAGACUCGUUUAUAUCAGGCUAUUGCUAUCUUUGCGGAUUUCCAACACAAAGUCGAGAUGUUAAUGAAUGAGAGCAGGGACAGUUCGUGA